AUGACCUCAAAGGGGAAGCAUGGUCUGGGCAGCGUCCUAGUUACCGGUGGCUGCGGCUUCCUAGGCCACCACAUCGUACGGGUUCUCCUGCGCGACUGGGACACCACCGCCGUCACCGUGGUCGAUCUGCGGUGCGAGCGCAACCGGCGGCCCGAGUCGGACGGCGUGCGGUACAUUGAGGCCGACAUCACGGACGCCGCCAAGGUUGCCGCCGUGUUCAAGGACGUGAAGCCCGAGGCUGUCAUCCACACCGCGUCGCCACCCUCGCAGGGCGCUUCCGCAGCCUCCAAUGAGCUGUUCCGGAACGUCAACAUUCACGGCACCCAGAAUAUUGUCGACGCAUGCCAGGAGGCUGGUGUAAAGGCCCUCGUGUACACGAGCUCCGCAAGCGUGGCGAGCGACAAUGUCUCUGACCUGAUCAAUGCCGACGAGAGGUGGCCGGUGCCGAGGGGAAAGGACCAGACCGAGUACUACUCCGAGACCAAGGCUGCCGCAGAAGAGAUCGUCCUCAAGGCCAACCGCGCCGAUAACUCCAAAUUCCUGACCACCUCGAUCCGCCCCGCCGGCAUCGUCGGAGAGGGCGACGUCCAGGCGCAGUACCACAUCAUCAACAUCUACCUCUCGGGCCGCAGCGGCUACCAGAUCGGCAACAACGACAACCUCUUCGACUUUACCUACGUCGAGAACGUCGCGCACGGCCACCUGCUCGCGGCGCACGCCCUCCUGCUCACGCACAAGGCCGGGACCCAGCCCCUCGAGCACGAAAAGGUCGACGGCGAGGUCUUCAUCAUCACCAACGACAGCCCCGUCUACUUUUGGGACUUUUGCCGCCUCAUCUGGAACGCGGCCGGCAGCCCGCACGGGCUGGAGCAUGUCUGGACUAUCUCCAAGGAACUGGGCAUGCUGCUUGGCCUGUGUAGCGAGGUCGCGUGCAAGUUACUGGGGAAGAAUCCUACGUUCAACAGGCAGAGGAUUAUCUAUUCGACCAUGACGAGGUAUUUCUGCAUUGACAAGGCCAAGAGGAGGCUGGGCUAUCGGCCCCUCAUCAGUCUGGAGGAUGGCAUGAGAAGGUCCGUCAAGUGGACAAUGGAGCAGCAAGCUGCCAGCGAAAAGUAG